AUGUCCCAGACUACGACCAUCACAGAGUCUGAAGAGAGUCCUCGCACUGUCCGGCUGCACAAUGGAGAUACCUUUACCUUCACCUCCAAUAUAGCCACUGAUCUCGAGAACAUCUCCGUUAUCGAUGCAGCACGAAUCUGGAGCGACAAAAUUGAGGAUCGCAGAGCAGUCGCUGAGGACAUUCGUAUUGCAUCUCAUGAGAUUGGCUUCUUUUACCUGAUCAAUCAUGGUAUUGACCAGAAGUAUGCCGAUGAGGCGAUGCAACAGGCGAAGAGGUUCUUCGCACUGCCUGAGCAGAAGAAGAUGGAGGUUUUUACUGGCCUAGUACCCAACGAGUAUGUAGGGUACCAUCCUAUGAUGUGUUAUAACAGGAAUGGCUGGAAGCACCAAGAUCUCAGCGAGGCUUUCAAUUGGGCUUAUGAUGCCUCGGAAGACCCUCUGGCGGAAGAUAAGACUCAGGCUUCUGUCAGCAUUUGGCCCUCUGACCUUCCUGGUUUCCGCGAAUCUCUGUAUGCGUACCAUACAAAGCUGUUAGCACUCUCGCGCCGCCUUACUGGCAUAUUCGCACUAGCUUUGCAUCUCCCAGAAGACUUCUUCGAUCAGUAUAUCAGACAGCCAGAAGCUGGCAUGCGCAUUCUUCAUUACCCUGAGCAAAAGCAUUCUGUCGAUGAUCAGAACGGCAUUGGAGCUCACACGGAUGUUGAAUGCUUUACGAUUGUUACCCAAGACUCCGCAGGAGGCCUAGAAGUGUUGAGCAAAUCGGGUGCGUGGAUCAAGGCCAAUCCAAUCCCUGGCUCGUUUGUGGUCAACAUUGCCGACAGCUUCAUGCGGCAGACCAACGACUUCUUCGUGUCGACCAUUCAUCGAGUCAUUAAUAAGAGCGGGAAGGAAAGGUACUCGGCGCCGUUCUUCUUUGGGUUCGACAGGGCGAAGCUCCUCGAGCCAAUCCCGACCUGCGUCAGUGAUGAGAACCCGAUGAAGUACCCUGUCAUGACUGGUGGCGAAUACUACAAGUGGAGGACCAACAGGCAGAAACAGACGAAUACUCGCAAAUAA